UAGUAUGUUCAAAUUAGGGUUAAUACAAGUAAAUUGGUAAAAUUAGUAUAAUGGAAAAAUAUUUAGUAGAUAUUCAAAAGCGUUUAUACAUAUGUAACAAAAUAUAUGAAAUGUAUAACGAUAUUUUGAAUUCGUACGUUUCCGAUUUUUACUUAGAAAACCAUUGGAGCAAAUUACCUAAAUCGUGGCAGUAUUUUUUCGAAGAUAUAGAUAUCAACGAACUAAGUAAUAUAUUGGAUUUAUCGAAAAGUAUCAAGAAGAAAAUAUGUCCUUUAGCUCUAUUAUGUAUACGAUGUCUUAUGAUGAAAUACACGUUACCGAGAAAAUCAAAACUAAUUUCAAAAACCCCGAUUUACAAUUUUGAAAACAACAAAUUUAUGAAUUUUUUUUGGAAAAAUGUUAAAUUAAAAAAAAGACAUGAAAUAGAUGUAAUGGCGAAACAGUGUUAUAAAUCAGCUGAGGAAACAGAUUGUUUUUAUAUAGUUGAUAUCGGUUCUGGUUUGGGGCACUUGAGUAGGAUGUUAUCUUAUGGUUAUGGCUUUAAGGUAUGUACGUUUGAAGCUAUAGAAAAAUUCACGAUAGCAGCUCGCGAAUUGGAUACAAAUUUUGAAACGACUUUAAAUACAAGAAAUAUAAAACAUAAAAAUACGUUCCAAACUAUACAUAUAAAUAAAAAAAUAACAGUAGAUUUAAACAUCGGCGUGUUUUUAGAAUGUGUUAAUAAAGCUUUUAAUAUUGAUAAUGCGACAUUCGGUAUUGUUGGUUUACAUCCUUGUGGGAAUUUAGGAGCGACUCUUUUAAGGUUUUAUGUCGAAUGCCCUAAUAUACGUUUCAUAAACAUCGCUAGUUGUUCGCCUCUAAACGAAUCUUGUUUCCCUUUAAGUUCGUUCUGUUUAUCAAAAAACAUAACAUUAUCGUAUCUAGCAUGUGAAAUAGCUUGUCACGCUAUUGAAAACUAUUCCAGAAAAUUGAAAUCUUCAAUUGAAUAUAAUAAACUUAAAAUUCACGCAUAUAGAGCUGCAUUAGAGAAAAUUUUAGUAUCACAUAAUCCGGCAUUAAAACAUUCUAUUAUAGGUAGUGCAAAAUGUGAUGAGGAUCUUACUUUUUUAAAGUACGUUCAAAAAGUUUGUGAUAAAUUUCCCGAAAUUUCGUUAGACGAAAUUUUAUAUCAUGAAAACGCGGUUUCUUCUAGUUGGAAGUAUGUUGUCGUUUUUUAUUCCGUUAGGUUACUUAUGGCACCUUUAAUAGAAAAUAUGAUUUUAUUAGAUAGGGUUUUAUAUGUUAUUGAAAACGUUAGUCACUGUGAGAUAAAUCCUAUAUUUGAUUGCACUAUUUCACCAAGAAAUCAAGUACUUUCCGCUACCAAAUUUAAAAGUUAACUCUGUAACUUUAUAAAACAUAAAUAUAUUUUUACUUUUGUUUCAAUUGUAUUAUUUUCACCUUUAUCGUUUUAAAAAUAUUAAACAAUUUCUUGUUUAUCACCAUAGGCGUAGAACCAUUUAUAUCAAUACCUAUUUUAUUAUUCUUUGGAAUUUGACAUUUAACAUUGUAUCUUUCGAAGUAAUUAUUUGUUUGUUUACUGCAACUUCAAGUGGCCUCUUCUCUAGUAGAACAACACUACUUACCACUGUCAUUAUUGUCAUCGUUUAAAUUUACGUUUUUGUAUAUAAAUUAUGUUUUCAAUAAAUAAAACAACUUUUCUACGUUUCAAAUUUAUAUUUUUAUAAAUAUAUCAUAUUAUUUUCAACUUUACUGUUUCAAAGAGAAAUAUCACAAAAAACAAUUUCUUGUUUAUCUAUGUCUGUAGGUAACGACCGCUACCGACCAUAGGCGUAGAAAGAUUUAUAAAUUUUAAUUUGUUUAUACUUCUAAAUGCUCUUGAUUUUAGGUACCUUUUUAUCUGUCUUAAUAAAAAUUAUAAAAGAAACCAAUUUUAAAUCAGAACUAAAAUCAAAAACAUUUAGAAGCAGAAAUAUUUAUAUCGAUAGCUAUUUUUUUAUUUCCUAGUAUUUUGCAUUUAAUGUUGUGAUUCUAUUAUUCGUAUUGUUAUAGAAAGUUUUCAGUUCUUAUAUUCAGUAUAAAACUAUUUUUAUACAUAUUUUGCUAAUAAAUUUAAUUUAAUACUGUUAACUGUAUGAUGUGAAAUCGUUACGCUACUGAUUUGAAAUUUUACAACAUAGAGUUGACUCCAACUUCAAGUGGCCUUAUCUCUAGUAGGACAAACUACUUAGCACUGUUUGAAUCAAAAUUUUGUUUAUAAUUAAGAUUUUCAAUAACUGAAACAUUUUUUUUCGUUUUAAAUUUGUAUUUUAUAUUUUAUUUAUUUAUAUUUUUACUCUCAUCUCAAUUAUAUUAUUUUCAACUUAUUGUUUCAAAAAGAAACAUCACAGAAAACAAUUUCUUGUUUAUCUAUGUCGUUAGGUAACGACCGCUGCCCACCAUAGGCGUAGAACGAUUUAUAUCGACAGCAAUUUUAUUAUUACUUGGUAUUUGACGUUAUGUUUUUAGAAGUAAUCCUUUAUUUAACGAAAUUUUUCAAUUCUUAUGUUGAGUCUAGAACUAUUUUUAUAUAUAUUUUGCUAAAAAACUUUAUAUACUGUUAACUACAUAAAUUGAAAUUGUAACGCUACUGAUUUAAAAUGAUUUUACAAUAUGGUGUUGACUGCAACUUCAAGUGGCUUCUUCUCUAAUAAAACAACAUUACUUACUACUAUCAUUAUUGUCGUUGUACAUAAAUUAGAUUUUUUAUAAAUAAAACAACUUUUUUUUCGUUUUAAA